CUCUUCUUUUGGCGAAAUCUCUCGACGAGCAGAUCGGAUCGAAUCUAUUCUCGAUAGUAAAGGAGGGAAAGGCUAUAUCUGCUGCCCACCGACUGCGUAUCUUCUCGCUUGCCUUCCCCGCUACCAUCGCCGGCCCAGUUCUUGUGCCUCUCCUUCUCUCGGUCGACUCUCUUCGUCGUUCCCAACCAUCGCGGUCGCCGAAGGCUUGUAGAGAGACAGAGGGAGAGAAUGGAGAGUGCUAACUUCUUGGUUGCUUUAAGCCUGGGUGGCCACAAGGUCCUCGGUGAACAGUUGUUAGGAAGAUGAUGGGCUACCACACAUCAAGAGAGGAAACGAUCUGUAGCCAGUUCUAUCAUCUCUCAACUUUACUGAAGUUCCUUUGAGUUUGAAAGCUCCUAUGGCACAGCCAUCAAAUCAAAAGACAGUAUCGGUGUAUUUUUAUAUUCCCAAUAUUAUUGGAUAUAUAAGAGUCAUCAUGAAUUGUGUGGCAUUUGCUCUUUGUUAUUAUCAGAAGACUCUCUUUACCAUUCUCUACUUCGUUAGCUUUUGCUGUGACGCAUUGGAUGGUUGGCUUGCUCGGAAGUUCAAUCAAGUGUCAACUUUUGGAGCUGUUUUGGAUAUGGUAACUGACAGGGUUAGCACUGCAUGUCUACUGGCUGUUCUCUCACAAUUGUAUAGGCCAGGCUUGAUUUUCCUGGCAUUGCUUGGGUUGGACAUUGCAAGUCAUUGGCUGCAAAUGUACAGUUCAUUCUUAUCUGGCAAAACUAGCCACAAGGAUGUAAAGGACUCAACUAAUUGGCUUUUCAAAUUAUACUAUGGGAACCGCAUGUUCAUGGCCUUCUGCUGUGUUGGAUCUGAGGUUCUUUACAUUAUCCUCUAUGUUCUUGCUGAUGAGAAAUAUGAAAGCUUGUUUGAGGUUUAUGCAUAUGCUUUGGGACAAAAGUCACUUCUUUCUUUACUGUUCCUUUUAGCUUCCAUUGGAUGUGCAAUUAAGCAAGUGGUGAACGUCAUCCAGAUGAAGUCUGCUGCAGAUGCUUGUGUGUAUCAUGAUAUGAAAAGAAGCACCUGAGGAUGAACUCCGAGUAACUGAUGUCAAUGGCUCCAUUUCUGCUCAAAGCAAACCUUGGCAAUCAACUUUUGACUUUUAUUUGACUUUGAAACUGUUUGGGCGUCUUAAAAAGUUAGGUCCACUUUAUUCAUAUUCAACUGAUUGGGACUUUAUCAAUAGUGUUUCAUGUCUUUGUUAUGAGAGAGUUUGGGGAGUCGUGGAACAAUCACCAUUUCAGUUUUGGCACUAAUCUAGAGCUUGAAUUUUCAGUGAUA